UUAAUUUUGGGUAAGUAUAUUAAUGUUUUUGUAAAGAAAUUGGGUCAAAUUAGGUUAUAGGCAAAAAAAAACCUCAACUGUGGCCAAAACCCAGAUUUUUCAGCCUUUUUGGAUGGCUGCCAAAAUUCAACCACAUUCGAGGGGUUUUCCAGGUUGCCACACAUUUUCAGUUUAAUGCAGAAUUUAGCAAAUAUUAGUUGAACAAGCGGAAGGAGCAAAAGCUAAAAUCAAUUUAAGGAAACCACAGGAUGAAUCAUUAGAAAACUGGAGUGGCCUUCAAGGACAUAAGAUUAAGCAGUGAUGUAUUCGCUCCGUGAUCAAGAAUGAAAAAAAUUAUCCACCAACCUGAUCUCAGCGCCGCCACGUGCGCUUUUAUCACGUCAUCAGCGGACAUCCUGUGGGACCACUGGCUGGGUGAAUACUGUUUCUCCAACUCCUGUCAAACAGCACCGCAGCUUGCUGUCAGCCAUUGAAACCUCAGGGCUUGUUUUGUUUCCACAGGCAUUCCUGUAAACCCCGCCUCCUGAUCUAGGAUUUUCUAGUGGCAGAGGCGCUCUUCAGAGACCCCGCCCACUUCCAAUUCAUUCCAAAGUACCAGUAUAACCUACGUGCAGAGUGCAGCUUUACCAGGUUCGAGAUUUUUCUAAUGGUGCUUAAAUAGUAUCCAUAAUAAAGAACAAGUGGAUGGCCGACAUGCGCAUGCAGAAGAGCGCACGUGCUCAUUUUAGGAUUUUUUCUUCUUCUAUGAAUGAGAUCAAGGUCUGUGAGAAAUGGUGUUGGCUAAAAGUGACCAAUCAUAUUAGUGAGGACACGUCUUAUCCCCGCCCCCAAAUCUCAAAAAUAAACUUGACUCGCUUAAUAAGUACAGAUCCUGGUCAGUCAUGGAGGUGCAAAUGCGCGUGGCUGAAUGCUUGGUAAACUGAAGAGCGCGAGGUGUUGUUGAGGGCUGCCUAUGGAGACGUCCUACUAAGGGUUUCUGCGCAUGCGUACUUCACUUUCACGCUAAUGCGUUGUUUUUGUUAUUGCUGCGGCACUUUACAUUUACAGUACAGCAUUCAGUAGUAGGUGCCCUUACCCAGAGAGACAUAGAAGUGUUUUUAAGUCUUUAUCAAAACACCUGGUUUCUCCAGAAACACCAGGUUUCUGAUAUAUCUAGUACGGUGGCCGAGAAGUGCAAAAUAAAACACAAAUAGUCUAUGACAACAAAACAACAAAUUAUAAACACAAUGACAAAUCCGAAAACACACUAACAAAUCAGACAAAAUGGAAAAGUAAGACAUCAUGGACCUUUGAACCUUCGUGCCAUGAACAAACAAGUCAGCCAAUGAAAAGCUUUAUUUCUCCGAAAACAGAAGCGUCAUUAAGCAGUGGCAACUCCAGGGUUCCAACUUUGAUCCUGAGCUCAGGUUAUUUUUGGACCAAUGUUCUCAGGGAAAAGUACUGAGCUGAUGAGGAGAGUCCGGCGCUUUCAGGUUGCCCAGUACAACUGCUUAGUGAUCAAAUAUGCCAGAGACACUCGUUACUCUGACACGGGCAUGGCCACACACGACAAAAAUACAAUGGAAGCCGUGCCAGCGAACUGUCUGAGAGAUGUCUAUUCUCGUGCCCUACAGGCCUGCGUCAUCGGCAUUGAUGAAGGCCAGUUUUUCCCAGACACUGUUGAAUUCUGUGAGGCCAUGGCAAACAUGGGGAAGACGAUUAUUGUCGCAGCACUUGAUGGCACAUUUCAGAGGAAGCCCUUUGGCAACAUACUGAAUCUGGUCCCUUUGGCUGAAAGUGUGGUGAAGCUGAACGCAGUCUGUAUGCAGUGCUUUAAAGAGGCAUCCUACACUAAGAGACUUGGAGCAGAGCAAGAGGUGGAGGUGAUUGGAGGAGCUGAUAAAUACCAAGCAGUGUGCAGGGUGUGUUAUGGAGGCCUGAUGGCGAAUAAAGAGAACUGGGCACCCCAGAGGGAUGAGACGCCCCCUCAUGUUCUAAAAGGGAAGCAGGUGGACCACAGAGCAUCACGCAAGCUUUUCGCUUCCCUUCAUCUAUGAACAUUGCUGUACAUUAGAGUCUUAACUAAUUUAAACAAUAAACCAGUUGCUGCAACAGCUAAAUACCUUAGGAUUGAGCAGAGUGUGCUCAGUUUACAGUGUGUAUGUGUACUGAGUGCUAUAGAAGAAUUAAAUAUUUUAAAAAUGUGUCACUGUGUAUUCUAUAACUGUUUUAAUAAAAUGUCUUUGGAUCUGA